UUCUGCGAAAUCUAAAAGACAUUGAUUCUUUAUUGAUAUAAUACUAAGACAGUGUCUUAAUUUGAUCAGUCCCUUGUAGGGUGCUCUCAGUCAGCAUUGUGCCGCACUUAAGCAUCAACUUGUUUGCAUACUUACGAAGCUGGCUGGCGGGCUUAAGUGUGCACUUCAACUUGUUGCAGCUAAGCAAGGCGUCCGCAAUUGCUGUGAGUUGCUUGUCGGGUUCGGGCUCUUGGUUGCGUGAGGUGCGUGUCGAUUUACGCAGAGUACACAUGAAACAAAAAUAGAACAAACACAACCGUACAUACCAAUAAGAGAUAUUUGAGUGAAUUCAAUACAAAACAGCGGAGGUCAAUGAAACAAAUAUUCUGAAAGAGAUAUGUUAAUUUCUCAAAAAAAAUUUCAUAUGUGAAUUGAUGAAAGUGUAAAAAAUAUAUUAUUUUUAUGUGCAAAUGAAAUAAGUGACAUUUUUGGUGCGUAAAUAAUUUUUCUUUGGUGGUAACUUUCACCGCCGGUUUGUUGCUUUCUGUCAUCUUUUUUGCAAAAGUGCUCAUAUGAGAACUUUAAUAUUUUAAAUUAAUACCAGUAAAUACUCAUAUUAACAAAAUACAGUUAUGGCGCAGUUUCUGCUGAUAUUUACUUUGCUACUCCCCCACUUCUGCACUUCACAAGCACCAGUGACCUCUCCAUGCGAGCAGCAUUUCAGCUACGUACACGAGGGCAAUGACUACUACGGUCAAAUCAAGUUGGAUCGCUUGGAGAGAGGACGCACAGAAAUUAAAGUGGCAUUCUCGCAACGCGACUCAUUAACUUCGAAUUACUACGGUCGUAUUAAACCAUAUCCGGAUGGACCACUACAAAUAAAUCGCGUUCCUGCCUUAUUUCGAGUACAUUUUCCGAAUCCGAGAAAACCACCAAAAUUAACUAAGCUCAGCAUCAAUGGCAAUGUACUCUGUUCUGGUUCAGGAUAUUCGGCGCCAAGCAGUUGGUUUGAGCUCACAUACACCGUAAAUGCCAAUGGUGGAAAUUCACAACCUCCCGCUACUGAGCCGGCACCGUCUUAUCCACCGCCUCCGCCAUCUACCCGGCCAAGCACAACUUAUACCACCUACUACACUUCAGCGCCAGCACAAAGACCUGCAUCUACGCAGACACCGAACGCCACACCAGCACCGACAAUAUUCUCCAAUAUCUUCCUCUCUGAACGCUUUCAACAAAACACCACCGUCACCUGCGGUACUGAAGGCAAUGUCGUCCGACCGUUUCUACAUGGUGGUAAAGAGUUGGUACGCGGACAAUUUCCUUGGAUGGCAGCGGUCUAUCGGAAGGAGACUGUACAUAGUUUAUCUUACAUUUGUGGUGGCUCAUUGCUUUCGCAGAGAAGUGUUGUCUCAGCCGCGCAUUGUUUUCAAAAUUUACCCGCUACACAGGUGGCACUCUUCCUCGGUCGCACAAAUUUGGAGAGUUUCAGUGAAGAUGGAUUUGUCACGCGCGAUGUUGAACGUUUGAUAAUACAUCCGGAUUAUAAUAGUCUGCCAGAUGCGGAUAUUGCAGUGAUGCGUAUGGCGGCCAUUGGCAGUUUUACCGAUUUCAUUCGUCCUAUAUGUUUGUGGACCGAAACGACACAAGUCUCACGCGUCGUCGGCCUCUCAGGCACUGUAGCCGGUUGGGGCUCCAAUGAGAAUGGGCAGCUUGUCUCACCGAUCGCCAAGAGAGCUGAAGUGAAAAUCGUAAGCGAAGUGGAUUGCAUACGCUCCUCGGCAGUUUUCUCCAAACUAGUGACGAGUCGCACAUUUUGCGCUGGUAAUCGUGAUGGUGUUGGGCCCUGCAUGGGCGAUUCGGGCAGCGGUCUGGUUCUGCAACGCAAUAACCGUUGGAUGCUGCGAGGUAUAGUUUCAUUCGGACAGACCAAUCGAGGACAGUGUAAUUUGUACGAAUAUGUGGUUUAUGUUGAUGUGGCGCAGCAUUUGAAUUGGUUGGAGGAUAAUAUGUAGUUGAUUUGAAGACAAUUAGUUUUAAUUAUGACUUUUAUUUAUUUAUUCUGAAUGGUUGUAUUUUAAGAAAUACCCAUUAAAGUAACGUUUAGUAAAAUAUGAAAAAAGUAAUAAAGGAAAUCGGCAGAAACUUGA